CAAGCCGACGAUCUCUGGCACACGGUUUCCAUGCGUGCCGCACACACGUAUGCACUCAUACGCGCGCGCGCACGCACAAAAGAGUGGAGGGAAAAAAAUGGCAGCUGGCGAUUAAGGGACAGAAAAAAAAAAAAAAAAGUGUUUCGGUUUUUUUUUUUCUGCUCGCUUUUUCCUCAGGAAAGGCGUCACCGUCGGACAAAAAGCCAAGAGGAAGUUUUGCGAGUUGUGAGCGUCUCCGGCACCGAGGUGUCGUCACUGGACACGAGGCAACAUGGGAAGAACGCCACAAAAAGAGCAAAGGGAUGCCAAAAAGGAGAAACCAGCAGCCGGGACGACACAAGAAGUAACCAAAGAAUCUUUCGCCUGGGAAGAAUAUUUAAAAGAAACGUCGUCGUUACCAGCGCCACCGAGUUGUUUUCGUCAGGCUCGCGUCCCCCCGUCCAACGACUUCAAGGUGGGCAUGAAGCUGGAGGCCCACGACCCUCGCAACGCCACCUCGGUGUGCAUCGCCACCGUCAUGGGCCUGACGGGGGUGCGCCUGCGCCUCCGCCUGGACGGGAGCGACAACAGCAACGACUUCUGGAGGCUGGUGGACUCCUCCGACAUCCAGCCCAUCGGCACGUGCGAGAAGAACGGAGACAUGCUGCAGCCGCCGCUGGGAUUUCGCAUGAACGCCUCUUCAUGGCCAAUGUUUCUGCUGAGAACUCUAAACGGAGCGGAGAUGGCUCCAGGGGCAGCCUUCAAGAAGGAGCCCCAGAGGCCCCCGCAGAACGCCUUCAAAGUGGGCAUGAAGCUGGAGGCGGUGGACAAGAAGAACCCGCACCUCAUCUGCCCGGCCACCAUCGGCGAAGUGAAGGGCGACGAGGUCUUCGUCACGUUCGACGGGUGGAGAGGGGCCUUCGAUUACUGGUGCAAGUACGACUCCCGGGACAUCUUCGCCGUGGGCUGGUGCUCGCUGACCAAGCACAGCCUGCAGCUGCCCGGCAACAACGUCACCCUAACGAAGAACGCGCCCGCCCCGUCCUCGUCACCUUCCAAGCCCACCAGGCGCUCCUUGCCGCCUCCUUACCGACCCCCCAACCCGCUGCCCCAGCUGCCCGUUAGGAAAGGGGUACGCGGCCGCCGGCCCAAGAGCGAGACCCUCGCCCUUCUCAGGGCCAUGGCCGAAGCCGCUGCCCAGAACGCCGGCGGCGCCGUCCACAACACGGAGCUCACGCCUCGGCCGUACAAGAAGAGAGGCCCCAAACCUGGAAGCAAGCGAAAGCCAAAGAUCCUCCGAAGCCUGUCACACCCAGGCGCGCCCGCCAUCCAGGUUCAGCGCGGCAGCCCCGCCAGCCUUCCCUCGGUGGUCUCAACAGUGUGCGUGUACGUCAACAAACAGGGAAACUGCGGGCCGCACCUGGACCGCAAGCGACUUCAGCACCUUCCGGACCACUUCGGCCCGGCUCCCGUCAACUCUGUACUCCAGCAGGUGGUCCAGUCUUGUCUGGACUGCGCGUAUCAGCCCAAAGUGCUGCUCGGCGCCCUGCAGACGCACUCGGGAGGCGGCAAGGUGGUCAGAGUCAGAACCGACGGGGGGGUCCGCAUGGUCAAGCUCCCGUCAGCCUCCAGCGCCGCCUUCGUGCUGCGCUUCUUCGAAACGGUGUGCCGCCAUCUCCAGUGCGACAACUUGUUUAGCAGCCAGCCGUUCAUCCACUACGCCGCUUCCUACGACAGGAGCAAGUCAGUGAAAGAGGAAGCGACGGACUCCCCCUCGCUGACUCGAGCGGGCAAGCGAAGCCUGUCUGGGAUUUCACCACCGUACGCCGCGCCGCUGUCCCCCAAGCACGUACGCACUGACGCCCACCCUUCAGAAGCCGAGACGCUGCCGCUGGAAGACAGCGUCCUGAUGAAGGAGCAGCGCUACAUGGGCUCCGCUUCCAACUCGGUGGCGCCGCGGCCGCAGGUGGCGCGCAGUCGUUCCGAGUACCGCCCCUCCGCAGCCGCCCCUCUGCCCCGCCGUCUCGCCUCCAAUCCCGCCGAGUUGGCGUCGGCGCAGCUCCUCCGGCGAGUCGAAGCCAGCUCCACCACGGGCCCAGAGAGCAGCGCCACGGAGCGGGAGGGACGGCAAACGCCCGUUAAGAACCCGGCGUCCUGGUCCGUAGACGAGGUCAUGCAGUUUGUGAGGGACGCCGACCCCACGGCUUUGGCGCCCCACGCUGAAUUGUUCCGAAAGCACGAGAUCGACGGCAAGGCGCUGAUGCUGCUGCGGAGCGACAUGAUGAUGAAGUACAUGGGCCUCAAGCUGGGGCCCGCCCUCAAGCUGUGCCACCACAUCGAGAGGCUGAAACAGGGCAAAGUGUGAGAGAGGGGAAACGCCGAGACCCCCCCGGCCCAUUGCCUCAGUAGUUUUGGCUGCCCAAAGAUGUUUCUUUGGACUUUUCCUCAGAAAGUGAAGAAUCUCUCUGAACGCAUUCCGUUGGGUGCACACACAUUCUGGUCCAUUUUAGUACCGUACUGACGACACGGGGUGGGCAUCCAUUACAGUCAAAUUCUGCUGUUGGCGGGAGGGAGCGACACAGCCCUGCUGGCGAGUACACAAAAAUGUGCAACUGUAGUUCCCUAUAGGUGCCACACGAUGGCAGAAAAGCACUUCUUUUUUUUUUUCAAUGAAACAAAGCUAUGGACUGACUCAAUCCGCUCGGUGCCAAAUCCAUAUUUUUGAUACAGGGGAGGCAUUGGCCUGAUUUUUUUUUUUUUUACUCCGAAUAACAGGAUCAUUUUCAACCCCCCAAAAAAUCUGAAAUUUUCAAAUGUUGAAUUAUAACUAUGCAGGGGUUCACUGGGCACAUCGACCAUGCCAUUUGUUUGAUAACAUUAAAUAAAUAAACGUCUUAGUAUUUUUCCCGUUUACUAUAAACUGAAAAUGUGGAAAAUAAGUUCAACAAUUGACUCGGGUGCACUACCUGGCUGUGACCCACAGUGGCGCUAUUGAGUCACUCGACUACUUUGCGGCCGAAAGAAGAACACGACAGCCGGGCUGUUGGUUAAUUUAAGCUCUUGAGUGUUUGCAUGGAAACAAAAAUGUUCGCAGUGUAGCGAACCCCCCACUUAUUUGAGGUUCCGUACACAAAUAUUGCAUUGCUGGCAUUUUGUGGCAUCUUGGUGGUGAAUGAGAAACGUCAUAUUUUCUAACAUCCUGUGGCAUUUGCAGCCAAAUCAGAUUUACACGCGUAAACCUUUUUACGGCUGAUGUCAACUGCUCGCAGAUUUUUGAUAUUUGAGAGGGCUUCUUCCUUAUCUCCACUGUACUUCGGGAAAUUUCAAACAUAUUGAUUUUUGAAAAAAGAAAAAAAAAGGCUCCUUCGAAAUUCUGUCAGUUGAGUGCGUCUGAACGCAAACUGAUUGGAAGCCACCAGCACAGGCGCGAUUGAUUCAUUCGACCAAUUUGUGAUCGCUCGGUUACGUUACAUCAUGUUUUUGUUACAUUGUUAAAACAUCCAUCCAUUUUUUUCCGAGGCACUUAUCCUCACAAGGAUUGCGGGAGUGCCGGAGCCUAUCCCGGCCGUCGUCGGGCUCGAGGCGGGGGACGCCCUGAACUGGUCGCCGGCCAAUCGCACAUCGAGACAAACAGCCGCACUCACAAUCGCACCUAGGGGCAAUUUAGAGCCCGUCCAAUUAAUCUUGCCUGUUUUUGGAAUGUGGGAGGAAACCGGAGUGCCCACCGGGAGAAAACCCACGCAGGCACGGGGGAGAACAUGCAAACUCCACACAGGCGGGUCCGGGAUCGAACCCGGGACCUCAGAAGUGUGAGGCCAACACUUAACCAGCUGCGCCACUGUGCCGCCUUUGUCAAAACAAUGAUCGGUAAAUUUUCAAAAUGUAAAAGAAUCAUAUUUGCAGAAAACAAAAUGAUCAUGUCUUGAAGGAUAUGGGGUGCACUACUUGGCCGCCACCAGCAGCGGCGCUGUCGGCGUGAAAAAGAACAACACGACGUCACGCGAGCGAACUUCCGCCGCGAUUUUCAUCCAUCAAUUUCCUGUACCGCUUGCCUAAUUGUGACAAAAAAUGUUAUUCUGAAAACAAAACACCUUCUUAGUAUUAUGUCACCCUCCUGCUACGUCAUGUGUGAAAUUGACCCAUUUUAAUGUUAAAUAAUUGAGUUAAUAUAAUUUCUUUCCGUUUCGAAACUUACACCAUUACACAAAUUUGACCCAGGGACAUAAUUGCUAUUUUUGAGAAACUGGCAGCAUAACAGAAGGGUUAAUAGAAACAUUUUAUUAUAUUUUAUCGUCAAAUGCCCCCCCCCCCCCCCCGAUCUUAAGGAUGAACUCACCGCACGGUCACGUACGAUUAUGACGUUUCUGAUGGCUUUACAGUUGACUUGAUAUUUGUCAGAGCACUUUUCCCGGGUUGAACCACGAUGAGCGUGCCUCCGAAUGUACAUUUUGUAAAUGAUCCUAUUUUUUUAGGCCUACGCAAAAUACGAAAGCGUGUCCCGACGCGGCGCUAUUGAAAGUGACAUCUCUCAGGUCUGCGUGGUGAUUGUUAGCACCAGCUGUUUGUUUUUAAAUACGUGAAGCCGCGCACAUUCGCCGUUCAGCGUUGGUAAAUUGUUUUUAACCUGUCUUACUUAGCUACUUGCUGUUUUUGUUCUCUGGCCAAAACCAUGUCUAAUAUAAAAUAUUGCAUUGGCGCCAUCUUGUGGCUUAAUGGCGUCAAUCAACGAAGUUGAAAUGAGGGGACGGUGUUCUAAUUCAGUCAGGCUUUACCCCAUCUGUUACACCCCCCCCCCAAAAAAAAAAAAAAAUGCUUUGGCAACGUUGUGUGGGAUCGACUUCGAGAAAAUGAAAAUUCUGCCUCUGGUAUGAGAAACAGAAACAGUAAAUGAGCGUAAGGGAGGACAAGUUCCCUCUCCAAAAUCGGAAUUCAUGAACGUCAGAACGUGACCAAUGUAGCGCUUUUCUGGACUUCCCUUUUCCCGGUUUUUGUUUUUUGAUUUUGGACUGGUGCCAUACACGAUGUCGUCUUUCUGUCAACUUGUAUUUGGCACAUUUGAGUUAUGACGUUGCGUUAGAUAAACGGCUUCUGUUCACUCUCUCGUCCGGUUUGACUCUUCACAUUUGUCCAUGCACACCAGAACCAUUUUGGUUCUCAUUGGUUUUUUUUUGGGGUGGAAAAACAAUACACUGCAUAAAAUACAACGAAAUAAUGACGAGAGAGGAUUUUUUGGGGGGAAGUGAAAAAAAAAAAAAUACUCUCCUCCCAUAAUGCAGGCCAAAUUGAG